GAGUCCCAGGACGUAGUUAACAGCUGUGUGCGCGAAACAGCACCACCAAGAGCUAAGUUUUCUGAUAUAAAAGAUUAAUAGUUGCUCAAGAGGAUUCUUAAUAUAUCAUCUAACGUUCAAAUAUCAACAAUCAUGAAUUAGAAAUGUUAAAUGUUGUGUUAGAACGAUUAUGAAAGAGUCGUUUUAGAAGUAUCGAUUUUCAAACCAACCAGCUGGCAGCAUUGAAUUAUUGAAAGGCGAAGACAUAUCUGGAAUAUUUUUCAGUAAGUGUUGUGUCAUCGGAAAAGUAACAAAGCGUCAACGGAAAAAAUCGAUAACCGCGUAAAAGUCUGACAUCUGCUCCCAUUGCGUGAUGCGAAUCUAAAAGAGAUAGCUAUAGGCGGAGAGCUGUACCCUUACAACGCUGAUAGCCAGUCUGGUGAUAAAAUAUAAAUACUGAACAACCCUUCACAAUCGAAGUCAAGUAUUAAUUAAAGAUGGGUGGUGCUGAUAUCAAAUGGCAGAAGGAUGCUGGAGACCAGAACUUCGAUUACAUGUUCAAGCUUCUUAUCAUUGGAAACAGUUCUGUCGGGAAAACUAGUUUCCUAUUUCGCUACGCGGACGAUUCCUUCACAUCGGCCUUCGUAUCCACCGUCGGCAUUGACUUCAAGGUGAAGACAGUUUUCCGCCACGACAAACGCGUUAAACUUCAAAUAUGGGAUACUGCAGGCCAGGAACGCUAUCGCACCAUCACGACUGCGUAUUACCGAGGCGCUAUGGGCUUCAUACUCAUGUAUGACAUAACCAAUGAAGAAAGCUUCAAUAGUGUUCAAGAUUGGGUGACUCAAAUCAAGACGUAUUCUUGGGACAACGCACAAGUGAUCCUGGUCGGCAACAAGUGCGACAUGGAGGAGGAGCGCGUGGUGAGUGCUGAGCGUGGCCGGCAGCUUGCCGAUCAGCUUGGAGUAGAGUUCUAUGAGACCAGCGCUAAAGAAAACAUAAAUGUUAAGACGGUGUUCGAGCGUUUGGUUGAUAUAAUUUGCGACAAGAUGUCCGAGAGCCUCGAUUCUGAGCCAGCGAUGCUCGCCGGCGGAGCACGCGGCCAACGUCUUACUGAGCAGCCGCAAAACAACGCAAACCCCAACUGCAACUGUUAAGAAUAUACUAUAAACGUUACUUUCUGAAUACUAUUUACACGAAGACUUGUUCUGAAUUAUCUGCGAUUCCGUCGUUUCUAGCUGACGUACAAAAGCUCACUUUGCGAGUCAUGUUUGACUUAUCAAUGUUAAAUGUAAUCUGAUGGAAAUGCCAACAAUGUCGAACUAUACUUUCCUUUGAUGUUUUUCUAUCUUAUACUUCAGUUUCAAUCUUUCAUUCUUUGGUAUAAUUUUAUUUACAUUAAUUUCUCUAAACUUUAGAAUUAUGUUCUUUCUUGUUGAAUUCUGAGUACAUUUUUCUAUUAGUUAUCGACGUAAAUGUUCUUAUAAAUCUAUUUCUACGUUAUAUUAAAUUAAAUGUGUCGCCAUGUUAUUGUUAAAUGUCUUUAAUAAUUUGAAAAGUUCGUAGAAAAUUAGAUAAACUUGAUGUUAAUGUAUUGCCGUACAUUUUAUUGUUAACAACGCAUUUUCAUUGAUGUAUGUAAUUUAGAAAAAUUGUUAAAACUCUGUAUAACAAUAAUAACAUGUAUUAGUAUCUAUAAUUUAGAUGUUAGGUAGCUAUAUAUGCAAGCUGGAGUAGGGAUCUGAUAUCAUUUAGAUUUUUGAUGUAUUCAAAUCGCUUCUGGUUAAAAUUUAAAAUUCAAUAUAUUAGUGUUGCGUAAUUACCUUCCGUCUUAAUUUCCAAUGACAUAUAAAUUAAAUAAAAACAUAUUUUCAUUAUUCAAUUUGCGCAAAAUAACUUUACGGAAACAAAAUACGGCACAUUCGUCACAAUUGCGGAUAAUGGACCAAAAUCAAGAAUAAGAAAAUGUUCAGAAGAUUUCAUAGUUCUAAAAAGGCGCAAAAUAUUUUUAGAAAUGUGUUUUUUCAUUAUAGAAACUUUGUAAUCCAUGUAUUACCUCAUUCCUCGCAUAUUUAGUUGCUGACAAUUUAUAGUUUAAAGUUACAUUAUUUAUGAAUGCUUAAAUAAAAUUAUUUUAUUUAAUCCUAAAACUUAAACGAUAUGAAUAAAAAUUAUAUGCUUUUAUUAUAUGUCUAUGUAAUCUCGCAAGUAUAAAGAUCCGCUUCGCAUAUGAAUGUUAUUGGAAAUACAUAGCUUUUAUCUCUACGUUGAUUUUAUGCAACGUUUGUAAAUAAGUUUUAUUAUUGUGUAAAUUUACAACUGUAUAGUAUAUCUACAUGCAUAUAAAUCUGUUUGUACUCUUGUUACCUAUGAUGCUAUAUAAUUUAGGAAUUACUUAAAUCUCAAAUAUUAAAGUUGAUAUCUAAUUUCUUUAAAUUACAAAUUGCGGUACGCCUAAUUAAAUUGUCAUCGUGAACAACUGACGCGAUUAUGGGGAGAAAAAGUUCUUUUUGCUUACUAUAGAUGUCACGAUCAAGAGUGAAAGUAACACGAAAUAACACAGAUAUACAAAAAAACACUUUAUUUUGUAUACAAGGACUUCUGUUAAAUUUCAUUAAAAAAUUCAAAAAUGAAAAAAGAAUAAAAAUUUUAAAUCGCUAGAAUGACGUUUAAAAAUUUGACAGAUGACAGCGCACUCUUGACGCUAGCGCCACCUACUUGGAGCAUUCAGUUUUUCUCCCUAAAUGACACAUGCUGUCUUUGUUUUUCAAUGAGCAUAAAAAGGAUGACAAUAUGUAUUAAUACAAGUAUCCCGGCUGUAUACGCAAUUGUAACAGAUCUAUUGAUUUUAUUAUAUGUAGAAAUUAUAGACAAUACAAUUUAUAUCAAAAUUCUGUUUAACAGCAUGCACAUUAUUUUUUAGACUGUAGCUAAUAAGGUGUGUCUACACUAGGUAGCUAACUGACAUCUAUUGAUGUACUACCAAUAAUACGUAUACCAGUUGAGUCCUAUUAAAUAAUCUCGUCUACAUUCCGUACCUGUAGCAUGGUUGAAUUGAGGCUUUCUAUAUAAUCAUUAUUAAUUAAAAAUAAUAAACCUCUUAAUAUUUCAACUUAAACUAUAACUACACAAAAGGAAUUGGAUAAUAAUUGCCCAUUUAUAAAUAGAAUUACGCCUCCAAUAGUAUUCUUAAAUGUCAAUUUUAGUGGAUCAAUUACAAAAUAAUGAUCCAAUGAAAUAAUAUUCUCAGGAAAAUACAUUUAAAAAUGGAAUAAAGGUUAUGGGUUGACAUAAGAUAACAGUAGAGAGAUGGUGCCAUAAUGGGCGUGGAAGCAUAUCUUAGUGAAAGGAAUUAGAUGAAUUAUUUUUGUUUAUGAAACAAUAAAAUAUUGUUCAAUAAUAGUAAAACAUUAUGACCAAAACAUUAAUAUUUUCUAUUCUUACAAUUUUAGUUGAAAUUUAGAUUUAAAAAAAAUGGUUACGGUUUAUCUGACACAAAUGUAGUUAUUCACUAAAAAAAACUA